AUGGCUGCACCUCCGGAUUUGAAUGCCAUCCUGGCAGCUCUUGCUGCCGGACGAGGCCCCUCUACCACUCCGUCUCAGGCACCGCAGCAGCAUCCGCCGCCUCCAGGCCUCCCUGCGGGCUUCCCCGGCGCAAUGCCUACUGCGACGCCGCCUCCGAUUCCCGGAUACAACUUUCCCCAGCCCACCACAUCCGGCAGCCUCGACCUCAGCGCGAUCAAGCCUGUCAACUCUGGCUCGGUCAGCAUCCAGGACGCGCUCGCGAAAGCGCGUGGCUUUGCGGCCCAGAAGGGCCUUGCCUUUGAUGCGCGUCCAGGUAUGGACAACCAGUGGCCUGGUAUGGGCGGACCACCGCAGACUUACGCAAUGCCAGCUCACCAAGAAGACCCGCGCCUAAGCGGACGGCCCUACCGACGUUCGCGUUCGCGCUCAAGGUCGCCGCAGCGCCGAGAAAACCCCCGUGAUGGCUACAACCCUUACCGAGACGAGCGUCGUGAUGAGCGUCGUGGCGUAUCCGGUGGUUAUGGCCGCGAUCGCUCGCGUUCCCCCCCUAGGCACAACACUUUUUCUCCGUCCCGCCAGCAGUAUGGCGGACAUGAUCGUUCCACUCCCCCAAAUGACAACUCUGAGGUGAUUCUCAUUGAUUCUUCGCUUGUUGGUCUCGUCAUUGGACGUCAAGGUGAGAGUCUCCGUCGCAUUGAACAAGAAUCAGGCACUAGGAUUCAAUUCAUCAACGGCCCUGAGGCCGGGCCGCAGCGCCAGUGUCGCAUCACAGGGCCCCCAGGUGCCCGUAUUAGUGCUAAGCGCGAGAUCAACCGUAUCAUUGAGGAGAACGGUGGCAACCCUGCUCGUGAGACCGGUCGUAAUGCUCGCGCCCCCCAGAAGGCGACGAGUCAACAACCUGCUCUGCGCGAAGGUGAACAGUCAUCUCAGAUCAUGGUUCCUGACCGUACAGUUGGUCUCAUCAUUGGCCGUGGCGGCGAGACCAUUCGUGACCUGCAGGAGCGCAGUGGCUGCCAUGUCAAUAUUGUUGGUGAGAACAAGAGCGUGAACGGCCUUCGCCCUGUGAACCUCAUUGGAAGCCCCGCUGCUGCCGCACAUGCUAAGGAGCUGAUCAUGGAGAUUGUCGACAGUGACACCAAGCAGAUGGAUGGUCCUAACCAGCAGCAACCACAGCAUCACCAGCAGCCGAACCAAAAGCGCGAGUUCGACCCGUAUGGUGGUGGCGGUGUUGGUGCAGGUGGUGGCGGCGGUAAUAAAAUCAACGACAGCAUCAUGGUCCCAUCAGACGCUGUUGGCAUGAUCAUUGGCAAAGGAGGUGAGACCAUCAAGCAGAUGCAGUCCGAAACCGGGUGCAAGAUCAACGUCUCGCAAGCUUCGGGUGCCGACAUCGAACGUGAGAUUGGUCUUGUUGGUUCUCGUCAAGCCAUCGACGAUGCCAAGCAAGCCAUCUGGGACAAGGUUGAUCAAGUAAAGGAGAAGAACAACAGCAGGCGACGUGACAACGGAGGUCAAGAUAAUAACUACUCACAGCCACAGCAGCCACAGCAGUCUUACGGCCAAGGCGCUCCUCAAGGACAGCCUCCUGCGCCAGCAGCAGGUGCCCCAGCCGGCGGUGCAGCUGACCCAUACGCUAUUUAUGGCGGUUACCAGAACUACUUGGCGAUGUGGUAUGCGUCUUUUGCUCAACAACAGCAGCAAGGAGGUGCACCACCGGGUCCCCCUGGUGCUUAG